GUCGAUCGAUGCUCAUAUGCUUGAGCUAAUAACAUUACUGAACGAAAAAGGGGCGUUCGUUAGGUUUUAGUCCACAGUGCGUAUCAGUGUCGAGAAUCGCUGUUUUUCGGAUUGAGUAAUUGCACUAAAGCAGGAGCAGAAAGCAACCAUGACCGAUUAUGUGCAGGAACAAGAGAUGGAAAUAGAAGCUUUAGAAGCUAUCCUUAUGGAUGACUUCAAGGAAAUUCACCCUGGUGAAAGUGGGCUGAGCACAUCCAGUAGGUGCUUUCAAAUUGCUAUAUCUCCUCAGGAGGAGGAGGCAGAUGAACCAACAAAUUCAUCAGUUCGACUUGCUUUAAUUUUCUCACACACUGAAAAGUAUCCCGAUGAGCCCCCACUUUUGAAUGUACAAAGCUUAAAGGGAAUCCAAUCUGGAGACCUUAAAAUUUUGAAAGAAAAGCUAGAGCAAGAGGCAACUGAGAAUCUUGGCAUGGCAAUGAUCUACACAUUGGUCACAUCAGCAAAAGAGUGGCUAUCUGAACUAUUUGCUCAGGAUGGUGAUGAUGAAAAUGCUGGAGAAGAUGAAGCGGCAAAAGAUGAGGUAAUUGUGCCACAUGGAGAACCAGUGACUGUUGAAACAUUCUUGGCAUGGAGAGAAAUAUAUGAGGCUGAACUAGCCCUGGAAAGAGCCAAGUUAAUGCCGGAUUCUGCCCUUUCAGCACCCAAGGAAAAGAGGCUGUCAGGCAGACAAUGGUUUGAAAGUGGAAGAGCAUCUUCGAAGGGUGCAACAGCCGUUGCUGAAGAAUCUGAUGAAGGCGAAGACGAUAUUGAUUUCGACGAUGAAGACUUUGAAGACGAUGAGGAAGAUAUGCUUGAGCACUAUCUAGCCGAGAAAUCAGUAUCAUCCUCCCAUUCAUGAUUUUGGAGGACUGGACUAUUUUUACUGCUCUGCAGAACUGCUUUUUGGGGUGGAGUUUUAUAAUGAUGAUGAUUUGUAUACUUGUAUUGAGCUGUUGAGACUUAUGGCAACUUUUGGCCUGGGAUCAACUGGCAUGAGUUUUACAUUUUUACUUGCUGUAACCAAUGGUUUACCCUCUGAUUCUAAAGCUUUUAAUGUUUCUAUAGUUUAUGAUCAUCAGUUUAUGCA